GGGGAAUGCCAUUUUAAUUGCACGAAAGCUUAAAGAGAUGAUUAGAGAAUAAUUCUAGAACGUAUGAAAAACAGAAACGAUGCCUGCCGCAUAAUAGAUAAUAUGAUAAGAGUGAUAAUUAUACACUGAAAUUUUUUCAACAAGCAGUUUCCAUUGCGACUUAUUAUUAAUAAUACGACCCAUACCAACUUCACUUUAUAAACUUACAAACAUUUGUAUCAUAUCCGGCAAUCUUUUCUUCCAGUUGGGCCGUUGUUAGUGAAAGUAGACUUGUAUGUGGAAUCAUUCGCGAACAUUGCCGAGGCCAACAUGGAGUAUGCCAUAUUUGGUUAUUUUCGUCACUACUGGACUGACGAACGAUUAGCGAAUAAAUCCCAAGACACCAUACAGCUGAAGGGGUCCACUGUAGAGCAUGCGUGGACUCCAGACACUUACAUCAGCGACGCCAGACAAUCAGAUCUUCGACUCAAGGACUCGGAAGCGCAAAGCGCCUUUUUCGUCUACCCAGAUGGGUCAGUUUUCUACUCUAAGGGGGUGAAGAUUGUGGCUUCCUGCGAAAUGAAGUUGGUGAAUUUUCCAAUGGACACGCAGCAAUGUUUACUAACGCUAGGAAGCUUAAACUACUAUUUUACGUUUCCCUUCGUUUCCAAGUUUGACAUGAAGGAUGUUCAACUGCGUUCAGAUUUUAAGUCCUAUGUGUCAGGAAAUUACACCCUACUUGUGGUGACUUUCAACUUUAAACGACGCAUCGGCUAUUACAUCAAUCAAGUCUAUGUCCCAGACACCCUUGUGGUCGCAAUCAGUUGGAUUGUGUUUUGGUUGGAUCCGGACGACAUGGGUGGCCGAGUAGGACUGGGCAUUACUACUCUUCUUACUAUAAUGUUUCUGCUGGGUUCUGUUAAUACGGCUCUUCCACGAGUCAGUUAUACCAAAGCUAUCGACUGGUAUUUGAUCGUCUCCUUUCUGUUUGUGUUUCUUGUGUUAUUGGAAUGUAUUCUGGUGUACAUAUCGCGUCCGAGAACUAAACAAUCCAAAAAUCAAACUGGAGACAAGUCCGCAGAUCUUGAGGGAGGCAUGACAGAGAUGUCACGUAUGAAGGAAGACGAAUAUGAAGUGAAUUUCGUUAAGAAACGAGGAUUACUUAACUUGGAGAAGAUUUUAAGUAACAGCGAGCCAGCAAUUCCCCGGGACAAUAAUGGCGCUAUGCCAUUUCUACCGGAGAACAGGAAUGACAAUGAGAUGGCUGACAGCGGACAAGAACAGGAUCCGCUAAAGUUCAAGAACAAAGGACAUCGAACCUCGAUUGCCAAAGCUAUUGACUAUGUGUCGCGUGUUCUCUUUCCUUUUGCCUUCAUUUCUUUUAACAUCUUUUAUUGGUAUCACUUUUUGAAUGCCAUGUAGAUUAAAAUGUCUUGAUAGCUGCCAGACUGUUUUCUGAAACAAAAGGAAAACAAGCUGGACCGUAAUUUGCAAUCAAAUAUCCAUUUCAGAAGUAGUCCUGUCAUAGAUUAUUCUAAUUGUUCAUUUAUUUAAAAGAGAAAUAAAAAACGGCUGAAACUGGAUCAAGACAAUGGUCUCGCAGUGAUUUCAUAAUUUCACCAAUAACGGUAGAAACGCGUUGAUUCAUACAUUCGGUCCUUUGUUCGUCCGCUUUGUCUAUUUGUUUGUUUGAUCGACUGAGUGAUUGCAGCCGGCGGGGCCUUGGAAAUGAAGGAAACAAAGGUUGAUUCUCGCUAUUGUAACACUGGUCUCCUUCUUGAAAAUAUCCACUGGUAGGUCCCUAACUAAAACUGUUUGACUGCAGCAACUAUCUACAACCCAUCAAGAAGUUUUAAACUGGCUUACGAGGAGACAUUUUCGGUGAAUUCCUCCGUAAUGAAACAUAUACAUGUACAUGCUCCUACGUUUAAAAAGCAAGAAUUGUCGAAGCACUAAUGCAAGGGUUUCAGUAAGAGAUUGUUAUAACAAGUGGAUAUAUCUGACAAUGAAACCAGGGUUGAAUCCUGUGUUUUCAGAGUCUCCCUUUCCUGGCGCCAAGGCCCCGCCGGCUAAGAAAGACAGGCUGCCCUGGGACUCAACUUGAAUUUGCAUUGCAAAUAAUUCUUCGCUCCUUUUGCUUUGCACGAGGCGCUUGAAAGUUCGAUUUUCUUCCUUCAAACGUUGCCUAAUGCCUUGUCUAUAUUACGAGAAAUGUUCCCAAACGUGUCCUAGACACAAAAUUUUGCCGGUGGGACAAAUUGGAGGGAAAUUCGCUCAAUUCAAGUGCCAGAAACGGCAAGUGAGCUCAAGAUAUCACUGAUGUGUUGUCUUUGACCAUCCUAGUAGAUAAAACAUGAAGAACAUGAGCAUAAAGUGACAGGCCUGGAAUGCUGAAAGACCAAUGGUGGACGUCAGAUAAAGCUAUUGAAAAGGCAAACCAAGUUGUAACAACAUAGGACAACUAAGAUCAAUGGAGGAGUCAGAUACAGCUAGAUCAGGUUAGUUUAUAUUUCAGGUAUCUGCAAUCAUCUUUUACAUCAUCAUAAACUUUAUUUACUGUACUCUCGAAUUUAAUACAGAGUAGCAUUGCAGAUAUUCACAAUUCACAUUGCUUUUGUUGGCAAGAGUAUGUUCAUGUACACCAAUAAUUGUAUAAUUAAACUAUUUUUAUUAGUUUAUUAGUUGUAAUUCCAUCAGUUGAAUGUGCAAUGCUAAGAAACAGUGAGAAAUUGUAAGUACAAUGUAACUCAACAAUAUAUUUGUAUCUC